AUGUCAGAGCUCUGUCGUGUGUUCGGUCUCUCGCAGGUUCUGUGCCUUCAGGAGGUCCAGGAGAAUCAUUACAGAGAAGAGAUCCGGCCGGCGCUGAGCACUCUGGGGUACAGCUGUCACUACAAGCGGCGGACGGGGAGGAAGACGGACGGCUGCGCCACUUUCUUCCGCACUCGGCGCUUCUCUCUGCUCCGGGAGAGUCACGUGGAGUUCUUCCGGCCCGCCAUCGAUGUCCUGAACCGGGACAACGUGGGUCUGGUCCUGUUGCUGCGGCCGGUGCUCCCCCCCGAGGAGGGAGCCGAUGGGCCCCGCCCCCCCAGUCUGUGUGUCGCCAACACGCACCUCCUGUACAACCCCCGGCGGGGGGACAUCAAGCUGGCGCAGUUGGCGCUCCUCCUGGCAGAGGUGGAUCGGGUGUCUGGCACGGCGGAGGGUCGGCAUUGCCCAAUCAUCCUGUGCGGCGAUCUGAACGCCACGCCGAACUCUCCGCUCUACCAGCUGCUGCACAACGGCGUCCUGAACUGCCACCAGCUACCUGCGUGGAAGGUGUCCGGUCAGGAGCAGUACUGCGGCGCGCCUCACCCCCGGACUUUACCUUUCCCGCUGUGGCCGGACCUCCUGGGGGUCAAUGACCGCUGUCAGUACAACUCGACCAGGCCGCCAAAGGUCAAAGACCGGCGGAUGUACGGCCGUCAGCGCCUCCUGGAGCUCCGCUAUUGUGACUGCGCCCUUCAGCGACCCCCAAAUCUCCUUGUGAUCAAAGGGGUGACGGAGAGCAAGCCAGAUCCGGAGGCAGCUGCGGCCCAGCCAGGGAUCUUCCCGGUGCUGCCGGAAUCAUUGCUCAGGAUGCCUCAUUUAUUGCAGCAUCACCUUCAGCUGACCUCGGCGUACACCCACUUCCUGUCCGCUAAGGACCGCUACGAGGUGACAACGUUCCCGCUGGGAAUCGGAAGCACGGUGGAUUACAUCUUCUACUCCGCCGAGCCGGUUCCAACAUGUAACACCAACAAGGGUCUGCGCAUCUUCCAGGACGGCCACCUGAAGCUGUUGGGGCGUCUAUGCCUGCUGUCGGAGGACGACCUGUGGGCGGGGCAAGGACUCCCCAAUCCCUUCUGCUGCUCCGACCAUCUCUGCCUCCUGACGCGCUUCAGCCUGGACCUCUCCGCCCCAUAACCGGAGGACAUUUUUAAUUUCAGCCCCGCCCCCAA